AAGGCAAAAAGACAAAAAAAAAAAGUGCAUCCAAGUCCAGGCUCCUGCACUGACUACCUGCGUGAUUAUUCUGCCUCACUUGGGGACCCUCACUGUGCUCCUGGCACAGGUCAGUUGUCCCUCUGUGGGGCGAUUGCAUCCGAAGGGGCCCAGACAGCUGGGAACGCUCCCUGGAGGGAGCCGAGUCUUGGCUGUGUUUCCCCCAAGAGUUCUGUCUCCCGCCCACCUUCCUCACCCAGCCUGUCCCCUGGGAGCCCCGCACCCCCCAGCCUGGGAAGCUGGGACCAAGCAAGCAGUGCGGUGGCCCAGAAGACACAACUUGAUUCAGGGCCAAGGCCAUGUCCCCACACUUGCUCCCGAGACACUGUGUCCCUUGGCCAUUCAGAAGCAUCAUUUCAAGGAAGGACUGUGGCUGGUUUUCAGAAGCUCCGGCCAGAAUGGCUCCGUCAGCGGCUGAGCAGGGCGGCCUGGAAGGGCCGCUCUCCCCUCCUGACCUUUCUCCUCUCCAGCCGGCCGGCCUUGGGCUCAGCACCCUGAGCCACCCGAGCAGCACCCUGCUAGGUUCUCAUGGCCAACCUGAGCCCCUCGCAGCUCCAGAAGUUCCAGGAGGAUGGAUUCCUGGUGCUGGAAGGAUUCUUGUCUGAAGCCGAGUGUGUGGCCAUGCAGCAGAGGAUUGGCGAGCUUGUGGCCGAGAUGGAUGUCCCUCGCCACUGCCGCACGGAAUUUUCCACCCAGGAGGAGGAGCAGCUGCGAGCCCAGGGCAGCACAGACUACUUCCUGAGCAGCGGCGACAAGAUCCGAUUCUUCUUUGAGAAAGGUGUCUUUGAUGAGAAAGGCAAUUUCCUGGUCCCUCCGGAGAAAGCCAUCAACAAAGUCGGCCAUGCUUUGCACGCCCAUGACCCUGUCUUCAGGUGCAUCACUCACUCGCCCAAGGUGCAGGCCUUGGCCAGGAGUCUGGGCCUCCAGAUGCCCGUGGUGGUGCAGAGCAUGUAUAUCUUUAAGCAACCUCACUUUGGUGGCGAAGUCUCACCUCACCAGGACGCCUCCUUCCUGUACACGGAGCCCCUGGGCCGGGUGCUGGGCGUGUGGAUGGCGCUGGAGGAUGCCACGCUGGAGAACGGCUGCCUCUGGUUCAUCCCCGGCUCCCACACAGGUGGGGUGUCGAGAAGGAUGGUCCGGGCCCCUGCUGGCUCGGCCCCGGGCACCAGCUUCUUUGGGUCUGAGCCAGCUCGGGAUAACAACCUCUUUGUGCCCGCACCAGUGCGGAGAGGGGCCCUCGUCCUAAUCCACGGAGAAGUGGUGCACAAAAGCGAGCAGAACCUCUCCGACCGCUCUCGCCAGGUCUACACGUUCCACCUCAUGGACGCCGCUGGCACCGUGUGGAGCCCGGAGAACUGGCUCCAGCCCACAGCCGAGCUGCCCUUUCCCCCGCUGUACACCUAAAGCCUCUCAGGGCAGGGCCGCUGCCCCCUCCCGGGUGAAGCCAGGGGCCACCAGCAACAACGCCUCGCCUGCCCGCCUGGCUGUGGAGGGGAAGCCGCACCUCUCGUCCUGGGCUUUCCUUCUGCCUGUGUCUGAAGAGCCUGAGCCAAGUGCCUUUCCUGAGGUCUCUGUCUCUGCCUCUCCUGGCCCAACACAGCCUCCCCUGGAGGCAGCCUGUCGGCCAGGAAAGGGUUCUGGCUGCUUCUCUGCCGGCUUCUCGUGGCUCUCCCCUCUCAGAUGGAACUGCUGCUCAUGACCGUGCAAGACGGGAAUAAAAACAACUUCCAAAUGCA